UGUGACCGCAGACUUCCAGACCAACCUUGCACAUAUCAGCAGAUAUCAAAAAAAGGUUUUUAACUCACUUCCAACACUAUGUUACCCCCCACAUACACCACAACAAUCCCUCCCACUUAUGCCCUCCCCUCGCCUUUAUAAACUGCUCAAGGAUCCUGCAGUCAGACAGAAAUCCGCCUUUCCACUCUUCGGCUUCACCACACCGUCCUACAGCCAUGACUUCCAUCACUGGACUUUGGAUAAUUGCACUGGUGGCAGUUCUUGGUGCAAAUCUGGGAGAGUCCAAGAAGUACUCUCUUAAUGAGCCCAACGUCCCAUUCCCUCCCGCCUCUCCCACCACUCACAACCUGGCUGCCGUUUGCCAUCAGGGUCAGGGUCGUCCCAGAUAUCCAGAGAGCUUCUUCCCACGGUCCGGUUCCAGCCACUUCCGCCGCCGUGGGAAAGCCAUCAACCGCCUGGAGUCGUGGUUCACGUUGUGCUGCAGCGGACGAGUGGCUCAGCAGAGCAGCCAGAUCCUCUGCUGCACCCAGCAAGCUUGGAAACAAGCUCUGUCUCAGUUCUGUGUGGAUGAAUAUUCCACCAUGACCGUCCCGUACAUUUGCUGCGAGGCCACAGGAGACGCUCGCUGGAGCUGCUUCAACAGCGAGUUGGAGAAUCCAAACUACAACCCAACGCCAGGCUACACAGCUCCUCCGAUGAACUGGGAGCCGGGAUUCACCUUCAACCCCAGAGCUUGCUAGAGCUAGAAACAAGAAUACAGCAGGAGAGUUCAGUAGAGAAAUCUACUGUGUAUUCGUGCAAGAAGGAAAAAUCUGCAAGAUAAUGUUGAAUUAAUGCUGCACUCCAAAUCUGUACUAUAUCUGUAUCUUGUCUUUGUCUCAGGCUCUCAAAGGAGGACAGGAUGUUUGGUGUAUGUUGUGUCAGGACAAUAAAAGUCCCAUUAAUUCACUUUCAACAUGCUUACAUGCUUUUUAUCAGUGUAGUAGCAAUCAAAGAUACAAUAUUGGACUUGAUUUAUGAGUUUCAAGAGGAAUAUAACCACAUUUUAGCAGCUUUUCAACAUCCACGCAUGAAAAAAUGGGACAAAAAGUGUUCACCAGAGGUCACAAUUGGCUGCAGGAGUUAGAUGUGUGAUAUUUACAUAAUGAAAGUUUAAAUGUGCUGACCAGCUUGACUAGAAAUGUACUGUAAGGAGACACAAAUAAACA